UUCGCGCAAUCCAAUUUGUCGCACGAAGAUUAUCCCAGCCUGCACUCAGCCACGCAUUCGCGCCGUCAAUCGCGGCGGUCUAAUUCUUCCGCUCCCCGCGCGCGCACGCCGCUUUCUCGAUGGCGGCAGCAGCGGCGGGGCGGGCGGCGUGGUUCGACGCGCACUGCCAUCUGCAGGACCCGCGCAUCGCCGCGCGCGCUGGCCGCAUCGUGGAAGAGGCGGCAGAGGCGGGCGUUAAGUGGAUCGUCUGCAACGGCACGCAUGAGGGCGACUGGGAUGCAGUUUCUGCCAUCGCUGCUGCUCACCCCUGCAUCAUCCCUUCCUUUGGCUUGCACCCAUGGUACAUCCAGUCUCGCUCGCCCCACUGGCUGCAGCACCUGGAGCGGCGACUCAUGGACCAUCCCCACGCUGCCAUGGGCGAGGCAGGUCUGCACCGCUGCAAGAAAGGAGGCAGCAGCAGCAGCAACAGGGAGGGCGCACCGCUGGAGGAGCAGGUGUGGGUGAUGUGCGAGCAGCUGCAGCUGGCGCGCCGCCUGCGCCGCCCCAUCGCCCUGCACUGCGUUCAAGCGCACGGCCACAUGCUCAAGGCGCUGCAGCAGCACGGCCCGUUCCCAGCGGGCGUCAUUCUGCACUCCUUCAGCGGCCCGCCUGACGUGGUCUCCGCGCUUGUGGCUCUCAACGCCUUCUUCUCCUUCUCCCUCCUCUCCACCUCCUCCCCGCCUCACAAGCUCGCUCAGCUGCUCAAGCAGGUGCCUCCAGACCGCCUGCUGCUAGAAACAGACGCACCAGACGGCCUCCCAGCCGCGAGACGCAGGAGAACGGAGGGCAGGAGGAGGGAGGCACACUCUGAGGUGCCUCAACGCGAGGACGGGGGGAAAGGCGAGAGGGGCCGAGUGGAGGGGGGAGGGAGGCGAGAGGAGAGGGGGAGAGGCGAAAGGGAAGGUGGAGGAGAAGGGGCGGAGAAGGGAAGGGAAGAAGGGGGUGAUGCAGAAAGAGGCUGUUGUGUCAGGGAGGAAAGGGAUUCACAUGGACUGAGGGAGGGGGGGGAUCGGACUAGAGGCAGGCAGGAGGGUGGGGAGGAGAGAGCGGAGGAGAGAGGGGAGGAGAGAGGGGAGGAGAGAUGGGAGAGGGGGGGAGCAGAGGGAGAGAUAGAGGGCAGUGACGAUGGCAGAUCCCUCAACACACCGGCAAACAUCCGACUGGUGUGUGAAACGAUCGCUGGCAGCAUGGGCAGGUCGGAUGAAGCUGUGGCGGAAGCAGCAUUUGCCAAUGCUGUUCGGCUCUUCUCCUUCCCGGGGUCAUGUGUCCGUGCGCACAAGGACCAAGACACGUGAUGCACUCGGAAGAAUUCUGAAAGCUUUCUGUAGUCUGCACCCUGCAUGUGCUUGUGUCAUGCUUGUACAUGCGUAGUUGUGUAAAUUUUGGGAUCACAUGCUAUGACGAGUCACUGAUUGCUCAACUUCAACUGAA